ACACAUGCAGACUUGGUUUGGAUACAGGGGCGGACUGACCAUUCGAGCACUCGGGCACUGCCCGAAGGGCCCGGAGUCAGUAGGGGGCCCCAAGAAAUGCCCCUGGUACCUUUUAUAGGCUUUUUUGGCUGUGCUUUGAGUGUGGUCAAGGACACAGAGGCCCCAUGAUCCCCUAUUGCCCGGGGGCUCCAUGAGUUGUCAAUCCAUUGGAUGUUAAGUUGUUGCUUGACCAAACGCUGGAAUGGGAAAGAUGCUUGACACAAUCAACUUUACCUAUGGGUUGUUGACUGGUUCCAUACAUGAUGCCCAUGGUACCUUUUUCAUAGGCUUUUUUGAGUUUGGGCAAGGACAUAGGGGCCCCAUGAACCCCUAUUGCCCAGGGGCCCCAU